ACGGGAGGGCUGGAGCCGGCCCCACGCCCGCCGUCCCGGACCCAAAAGAGGCGCAGCCCGGCUCCGCCGCAGCUACCUCAGCAGCCUCCGCCGCGCGCCCGCCCCGAGCUCGCGGUGCUUCGGUGCCGCGUCCCCGCUGCAGCUCCGGCCCACGGAUGAUGAUUCUUAUUGCUUCUCACCUAAGUUGAAUAAGCACCCUGUGCACUUUAAUCACCUGUCUGCGCUGUUGGGCUAACUGAAGAUAGGAUUUUGAAAUCUCAGCUAUAAAGACACCCAGCCAAAGUCUCAAUCUUGCCUUAAUAAUGUUCCAGAGGCUGAAUAAAAUGUUUGUGGGUGAAGUUAAUACUUCUUCUAACCAUGAACCAGAAUUUAGCGAGAAAGAAGAUGAUGAAUGGAUUCUUGUUGAUUUCAUUGACACUUGCACUAGUUUCUCAGCAGAGGAAGAGGAAGAAGAAGACAUCAGUGAAGAGUCACCUACAGAACACCCUUCAGUCUUUUCCUGUUUACCUGCAUCUCUGGAGUGCUUGGCUGAUACAACUGAUUCCUGUUUCCUCCAGUUUGAGUCCUGUCCAAUGGAGGAGAGCUGGUUUAUCACCCCUCCCCCAUGUUUUACUGCAGGUGGAUUAACCACUAUCAAGGUGGAAACGAGUCCUAUGGAAAACCUUCUCAUCGAACAUCCCAGCAUGUCUGUCUAUGCUGUGCAUAACUCCUGCCCUGGGCUCAGUGAGGCCAGCUGUGGGACUGAUGAAUUUCAUAACCCAAGUAGUCCCAGAGUGGAAGCCCAAAAUGAAGUGGGGCAACACAUCCACUGCUAUGUUGCAGCUCUUGCUGCUCAUACAACUUUUCUGGAACAACCCAAGAGCUUUCGCCCUUCCCAGUGGAUAAAAGAACAUGGUGAAAGGCAGUCUCUGAACAGAAAUAGUCUUCGUCGCCAAAAUCUUACCAGGGAUUGCCACUCCCGGCAAGUCAGGCACAGUGGCUGGGUGGUUCAUCAGCCCUGCCCGCGUCAGUACAAUUACUAAGAAUUUCAAGUUUUGCUGGUUGGUUUCUCUUGGUUUGUGCACCUGUGUGGGAUGUACGUAUAUGUACAAUGAAAAUGCUGUCUCUUUAUAGCCAAUUGAUGACCAAUCACAUAGUUUAUCAGUGUAUUUAGACACUAUCUUAAAAACCAGAUUUCUAUGCUGUGUUUCACAUAAUGCCUUGCUCCUAACAUGUACUUUUUUGUAAAAUUUUUCAGGAUAUUUUUGGAAACAUAUCAAUACAAUUACAGUGUUUGGUGUUUGGGGAUGUCUUUAAAUUUAUUAAGGUGUACACAGGUUAGUCAGCAAUUUAAAGACAUUUCUUCCCCCAAGUACGAGAAUAGGCAUCUUACAAUUUUCAUUUUAUUUUGUAUUACUUAAUCUUUUGAGUAAGCAAAAAUUUAUUCUCAGGGUCAGCCAUACACUUUAUUGACCAGUACUUGAUAAUCUUUUCUGUAUAAUAUGAAUACAUUUUUACACACUAACAUGAGCAUUAACAGGUGAUAGUUGCCAUUGGAUAUAAUGGAAUUAUGGCUGGACUUUCUUUUGAAAGAAAACUUGAUAUUUUCUGUAUGUGAUUAUUUUUUUCCAGAUUAGUCAUGCAGUUCAUUGUGGAAUUCAGGUACAUUAAGCUUUAGUGAACAGUCAUUCAGCAAUUCCGAUGGGACUAUGUGAUGUGGUACAGAUCAGGUAUCAUGGACAAAAGCACUUGUCUCAUGUGCAGAGGGAAGAAAUUAGACCUGUGAAAUUAUAGUUGAAAAAACCCAUGUCUAUAAGUAACCCAUUAGUCCAUAUUUAAGUUGUUUGGAUUCUUUCCUGCCACUCUGCCCACUCCUCCUCAUAGCAGCUAUAAAUUCAGAUGUACUUGUCCAGACACUUGAGUGACUUUUCAUAUUUCUAUCUGCCCACAAGAAAAGCGAUGGACUUCUUAUUUCUAGACACAGUGAAAACCCUCUGACAUGGAGCUUGUCCUGCCAAGGGGCAAGCAAGGGUGAAGAGGGACUUCUGGUGAUGUCUUCAUCGUGCCUGUGAGAAGAGUGACAGGUGGCUUCCUUGAGCUUUCAUUUUUUGUUUUAACUUCAGGCAAAAUCUUGAACCACUUUGGCCUCUGUUUCCUCCACAACAGGAGAGUAGUAACAUUUACCUCCCUCACAGGGUCGUUGUGAGGAUCGCAUACUGAUGGGAAAUGGGGCUGUCCACAACUGAACCUCGUGUGAACUUCCAAGGGCCUUUCUACUGAAUCUAGUGAUGGCGGGCUGUCGCAGUUCUUCUGCCACCAUUGUUCUUCACAGUGUUGGUGCUAAUGAGGCCAGGGUGCAGGGUUCAACUCACACGAAGGCCAGUUAACUCGACACAGAAAAAUCUAUUUCCAUACCUCUAGCCAGUUGCUUCAUUUUUUCACUCUGGUGAUGGCUUCUGCGGAACUGUCCACACCCUUGCUGGCUUCCUCUGAAAUUAACUUAAAUGCAUUCACGGUUGAAAGCUCAUGCUACCCACAGAACAGUAGCACUGCCUGCACAUUCAGCCUAUUUUUCCAUCUCCUCUGCAACCCUAGUAGAUGAGCACAUGUCUAUGAAAUGUUUUCAAGGAAAAAGCAGCAUAAAGUCCUGUGAAGUAUUAUAUUUUCAUUAACCCUGCAGCAGCUUGAUGCAGGGAACCCUGGGAGACUUCCAGGGAAGAGCUGUGCUCUUUUCUGACACGACUGGGGCAUUUGAGUUGGAAAAGGUCAAACAUGCAGUUAGUUGGUGGUUUAGAUUGUUCUUCCACUGGCUGUGAUGAAGUGCCAGACGUCUCUUUAGAACAAGAGUCUAGAGCCCCCUUCUUUUUUUAUUCCCCUUUUCUAAGGACUUCCCCUUUUAUUUAUUUAUUUUCUAAUUAGGGGCCAAGUCUGUAAAGUUUUGUCAAACUGAGAAGUUAUUUGUUAAUAUUUGUGUUUACCAUAGUUGGGAGAGUUUUCAUGAAAGUGUGUGUGUUACACUGUGUCUGUUUUAGGGCCUCACACUGGUGACUCGAAAACAAACCAGAGAGGUGUCUUUUGGACCUAAACUUCUGCCUUCAUGGGGCCACUUUCAUACAGUGCAUGAGAGUUGUUAGUACCCCACAAGCCACAGAAGUUCAGUCAUGAGAAUUUGUUAGGCGGCAUGAACAGAUUUGUAUAUAAAACUGCAAUAAUCUUUUUUUUAAACUACUUUUUAUUUCAGACUUCUUGAUACCUUAAAUACAUUUAUGUCUCUAACAGUUAUUGACUUUUUGUUUGCCUUACCUGGGCCUUGUUUUUUUAUGCUUUGUACCUGGAAAACAAAAAAAUUCAGUCACUGGGACUUUUUUUUUUUUUUUUUUCAGAAUUAGGAUUACCAUACCACCUGUGAUGGAAGACUGUGGUUUUGUGUCAGUAUCUAAGAUUUCUGUCUAAAAUUGGUACAUGUAAGAAUUGAAUAAAAUGGUUAUAUAAUUCAGCUGAAAUUCUUGGUCAUGAGAUGUUUAAGAGGUAUUGACCAUGUGUAAGACAUAAGGCCAACAAAAGAAUGAUGUUGACUUAUUACAUAUUCUUUAAAACAUGGCCAAAAAGCAUUUUGUGAAUUGAUUGCUAUUUUUGCUAUUGUGAUUAUUAGUGGUUUACAAUGCAUAUUUGUGCAUAUUACUUAAAAGUUCAGGCAGUGAGAAAUAAGAUUCCUCUGAAUUUGGGAGCUCUGACUGUUUCUAAACUGAUACCAUAGAAUGUUACUUGGAAAAAGUCUGGAAUGUGUGGUGCACACAGGCAGUGCUUCAUGAAUAGAUUUCUGACUUUUAAUAAUGCACCACAUUCCUCAAAGUUUAUGUUUUCAUUAGUAAAAUAUUUUUUAAUGUGUAUCCUAUGUUUAUUUUUCUUCCUCAGCUAAUCAAAUUAUGUUCUGCACUAUAAGUUGAAGAUUUGCUAUCUGUUAUUUAUCUUCUGUAGCAAUGCAUUUAUAUGGCUGGGUGGGUGGGAAGUUUUUUGCAGAAAAUGCAAAAUGAUUGGAUUUUAGACUUCCUGUUGCAGGGAGAUGUCACUCACACACACACACACACACACACACACACACACACACAAGCACAAACACAUUAAUUUCCUGUAUAUUUUUCCAGUUCCCAUACAGACUGUUCCUGUUUACAUACCUUCUCUGUUCUAUCAGUUCUUUGAUUCUAGCAAGAAGAUAGUUUACUUAAAACUUGAGAGGGCCAUUCAGCAUUACCUGUUGUUUUUGCUUCUCAGAUCUGUAUAGUAGACUGGUUUUGUAAUGCUAGUUUGUUGAAAUUUGAAUUACCUUGCUGUCUCUUCCUCCUUAAGGAAAUAUAUCAUCUUUUUUAUAUUCUUAAGAAAAAAGAGCAAGGACAUCUUCAUUAUUCUUAUUUUCUUUGAGUUGGAAGCAAAAAAUGAAGGAACCCAACUAGAAGACAGAUAUCUGCAUUUAAAUAGAUUAGUGAGAAAAGUUUCCAAGUAUUUGUUUCUGUUUUCAAAUCAGUUAAGAGACUGCUCCUUGUACUAGGAGAUACUAGUAUGUUUGUUAUGUUACCUUGAAAUUAUCUUUUAUUUUAUAAGGCCCAUAAAUACUAGUUAGACUCUUUUAAAGAUGGGUUCCUAUCAUGGAUAGUUUCACAGCUAUCAGCCGUGCUGAUGUAUUAUUAAUGACAUCCCUAUGUACUUAUUUUAAAGCUUAAAAUUUUAUAUAAAAUGCUUUAUUUAGAAAACUUACAUAAUAAAAUGGUGUCAGUCUUGCCAUGUAGCAAUUUCACUUGAAAUCUGACACCAAUUAAAGAGGUUUAAGUGGAGGAAAGGGGUACCUACAAGGUACAGAUCAGGAGAACUUUUCUUUGCAACAGUAUCCUUUAUGUGGAAAGAGAAGUUCCUGUUCAGAGGAAGGCAGCUUAUGUGGAUAAUGUUUGUAUAUUGUUGAAAAAUUUCCAUAUGACUUUUUUUUAAAUGUAUAAUUGUUAAAUGCCCAAUUUUGCUCUGUAUUUGCCUGAAGUUUUAGUUUUCUAGGUGGACUUGUGUAAAAAACCAAACCAGUACUUGGGGAGGUUGGUGUGUGUUCAGGCUUGGAGUGUGUGAGUGGUUUUGUUUGCCUUUUGAUUGUUUCCUCCAGAGGUUUGAACUUUAAUUAAUAAUUGUGUGUGUUAUUUUUUUUAAAAGUAGAUUUAUGUUUUCCUCAAGUAAAAUGGUGAACACAUUUGCUUUUCAAGGGCAGGGCAUAAGUUAUGAAGACUGAAGAGUGUUGUAGAUUGUACUAUGUGCCUUCUUAAUGUAUUCCUGGACACCUUUUUUUUCAUCAACUUGAAAACUCAAAAGGGACAUUUGGUUAGGUUAUAUACUGUAUAUCAAUCUAUGCAUAAAUGGCAGCUUGUUUUCUUGAGCCACUGUCUAAAUUUUUUUGUUUUUAUGGAACUUUUUUAUACGGAUUGGUUCAUAGAAGGUCAGUUUUAUACAGAGUGAACAAUACAGCACUUUGCCAAAAAUAAGUGUAGCAUUGCUUAAACAUUGUGUAUUAAUACCAGUUCUUUGUAAUUGGGUUCAGCAGUGCAUUUUGCACUGUCUGGAGUUAUGGUUUUUAUUCUGUCAGUAAAUAAAAUGUCCUUUAAUGUCA